AUGACUGACAAACAUCGAGAGGCAGUCAUACCUGUUGAAGUCAAGAUACCGUCAUUGAGGAUCAUCCAAGAAGCUGAAUUAAGUAACGCUAAGUGGGUUAACAAACGCAUCGAUCAACUGACUUUGAUUGAUGAAAAGAGAAUGAUUGUUGUUUUCCAUGGCCAGUUGUAUAGACAGAGAAUGAAUCGCACCUUUUACAAAAAAGUAAGAGCCAGAGACAUUGAAGUUCGUCAGUUGGUUCUUAAGAGUAUUUUUCCUCAUCAAGACGAGUACAAACGAAAGUUCGCACCAAAUUGGCAGGGUCCUUACAUUGUUCGUAAAGUACUUUCUGGAGGUGCUUUGGUCUUGUCAGAGAUGGAUGGCUCUGUAUGGCCCAAACAUAUCAACUCAGAUGCUGUGAAGAGAUACUAUGUGUGA